UACAAAAGGGCAACGAUGAAAAAUCCCAAAAUAUGUCCAGCACUAAUACACCUGACAAUGAUAAUCGUGUGCCUGACGCCAGCGACCCGGACGAGCGCGGUCGGGUGUAAGAUAGCGUGCAGGAAAUGCCGGGACAUGUCCGAACACGCCUCGCUGGUGGCGGUGUACUGCGAGAUGUGCGAGGAGUGCAAGCUGAAGAAGGCCCUGAGGCAGAGGUUGGGGGAAAGUACAGCUGCGCCUCCUUACCGGGAAGUGGUCGAAGUGGAAGACGUGGCGGACUGUCCAUCGCCGCCGCCGUGCUCAGGCGAGACUGCGGGGCAGUCGGUGCCUUACAAGACUACGACAAUUGCGACUACAACUACUACUAUUACUACAACAACUACUACAACGACGACACACCGCCCCUGCCAACAUCAGCCUAUAUGCGUAGUGAAGAAGACGCAGCAGUGCCCGCCUUCUCCGAAUUCUCCGCAGUGCUCUUAUCCUGCUUACCAGCCGUGUGUGCCAAGUGGCCCUGCGUGUCCCAUGGUGAUGCCUAUAUUCCUCCCCCCUGGAUUCUACUCGUCUCCUUCGGCGUCUGAUGGUAGACUCAAUGAUACCAUCACCAGAGCAUCGACUAUUCCUACAACUGCACCUUCGAACCAAACGACCUUAGCAUACCUCUCCCUUUUCGUCGGGAUCCCUAAAGAGUUGCAGGUCAACCAGCUUUUGGGGGAUGAGGAAGACACCAUUGUGGAUGGAUUGGAAGAACAAGUGGGAGGAGCACAUGAAGGAGGAAAAGAGGAAGAUGUAUAAUUGUUUUGGAAAUAUUUAUGUAGCUAUCAUGUUCGUGUAUUCCCGCUUGUGUUCAUAAAACAUACGUAUACAUUAUAAUAAAAUUAGAAUUAUCCAAUGUCUGCACGCACAUGUGAGGAAUUGCCAAAACUCGAUAUAUGUAUUUGACCAACAGAAUUCAAAUACGUGAUUUUUUUUUAAAUUCCUACUUGUCUGUAUGUCGUUGCUACGUUGGUACUCGCAUUACGCGAAAAACUUUUGUUCUAUUAGUAUUCUAUUGUUGUGUUAGGCAUAAAUGGAUUAAAUCUACCCGUACAUUAUUUAUGUUGUAAUAAAGUUGCCGUGUGGUUCCCGGCACCAAUACAAAAAAAAUAGGACCACUACAUCUCUUUCCCAUGGAUGUCGUAAAAGGCGACUAAGGGAUAGGCUUACAAACUUGGGAUUCUUUAAACCAAAUAGCUGAAUGUGGCCAUUCAGUCUUUUCAAGACUGUUGGCUCUGUCUACCCCGCAAGGGAUAUAGACGUGACCAUAUGUAUCUAAAAUUAAUAUAAAUAAAUUAAAAAUAAUGAGAAAAUUAAGUGUAUGUAAAGAGUUAAUUCGACAUACUAUGUCAAUAUAUAUGUACAUAUGUUAUUAAAUACUCGUAUCAUGAGAAAACAAUUUAUCCAGACAAUUUGUAAUGGAUGUGGAAAUAAAUCAUAUUAUAAAUUAAUAACAUUGCUCAGUUAGUUAUAUUAUGAUUGCAAUUAUAUUCCAUAAGCCGAAAUAGAACAGGAAUUUUGUUUAUUUUCUGUUAUUAAUUAUUAUAUGUAUGAUUAAUGGUACUUGUUAAAAUCGACCAC